AUGCCGACAACCUCGCGAGCAUCUGUAAUGGCAAUUCAAGAUCUUGGGAUUUCAGAUACUCCAUACUCAUAUAGGACCGAAAAACCUAUGAAAAGGCCCGUCGACUUAUCAAAAUGGAGGAAAUAUCAAAUUGUCAUCGCUGGCACAAUAUUUGCAUACAAUGGAUCUCUUGGGGCAUCUCUCCCAUCGGGAGCAUCAUCAAAUAUUGCAGACUCUUUCCAGGUCUCUCAUGACAGUCCACGCCUCGUACUCCUGAACUCCCUAUAUCUUCUCGGAUUUGCCAUCGGCCCCAUGGUAUUCGGUCCGAUGAGCGAGUUUUUCGGUCGGCGACCAGUCCUCAUUGGAACAUACCUUGGCUACACAUUUCUUACAGUUGGAUGUGCUCUAUCCCCAACCUUCGACGCUCUUUUGGCUUUCAGAUUCCUAUGCGGCAUAAACGGUUCUGUUCCGAACGCUGUGCUCGGUGGGCUGUACAGUGAUAUCUACAACACGCCCAAUCAGCGCGGAAAUGCAAUGGCUAUCUUCAUCUUCGUUGCAAUUGCUGGCCCAAUGACAGGGCCUCUAAUUUCAGGGUACGCCAUUUUGCUUGGAUGGCGAUGGGUAUUCUGGAUCGCUUUGAUAAUUGCUGGAUCUGGAGUCCCAUUCGUGCUGUUGGCCCCCGAGACAUACCUUCCUGUUCUGAUUAGGCAAUGGAAGAAUGGCGACGCCGAGCUGGGUAGUGGCCAUCAUGUAAGGAGUGAAUUUCCAUUUAAAUUUGGGGAAAUCUUCAUUCGGCCAUAUGCCAUGCUACUCACAGAGCCCAUCGUUUCAUUCACGUCUCUGUAUCUCUCGGUGAUAUAUGGAGUGCUUUUCCUGUUUUUCCAGGCUUACCCAAAGAUUUUCGAAGGUCUGUAUGGGCUAUCGACUGGUAUUAACGGAUUGGCAUUUAUCCCGAUGGUAUUUGGCUCACUGCUUGGGCUUUGUACGUUCCUGGCAUACGUCUCUUUCCACGGCAAGGCUUUGGAUGCAGGUAAAGCCUGGGCUUCAAUAGAAGAAUACCGCCGGCUUCCACUGGCGUGUGUUGCCGCUCCCACAAUUGUUGCUGCGCUAUUCUGGAUUGCUUGGACCUCCUACACCUUCAUUCAUCCAGCAGUACCCAUGAUGGCAGGUAUAUUCUUCGGAUUCGGUUAUUUCCUGGUUUUUACUACAAUGCUAAAUUACCUAACCGAUGCAUACAAAGAGGGUUCUGCAUCGGCGCAGGCGGCUGCAAGUGGAACGCGAGCGAUCAUGGCCGUCGUCCUACCUUUUGCAACGACGUCGAUGUAUAAUACCCUAGGCGUACACUGGGCUAACUCGCUCAUCGGAUUCAUCGCUUUGGCGUUGACUCUUAUUCCGUUUGCUUUCAUACGAUACGGCAAAUUGCUGAGGCUGAAAAGUAAAAUGCUGUCUGCGCCAAGGAAGAAAACCAGCACUGAUCAUUCAAUAUUACAGCUCAACAUGGCUUCCUUACAACCACUCGACGCCUCUAAACUGAGCUAUACUUACACCACAACACCCCAGAAAGUCCCCGAUCAAGAGACUCUCAAGCGCGCCCAUGGCACUAUCUGCACCGACCACAUGAUCAUUGCCUCAUGGAAAGCCGAAGCUGGCUGGUCAGCUCCCGAACUGAAGCCAUACGGCCCCUUAAACCUUCUUCCGAGCGCGUCAUGUCUGCAUUACGCCUACGAAUGUUUCGAAGGACUCAAAGCUUAUCGCGGCUACGAUGGCAAGCUGCGCCUGUUCCGAAACGACCGAAACACUCGCCGUCUCCAGAUGUCGGCCGACCGUAUCUCACUGCCAAAGUUCGAUCCUGAUGCGCUUGAGAGACUGAUUGAAAUAUUGGUGGCAACCGACGGCCCCAAGUGGCUCCCCAAGGAACGCGCCGGAGAUUUCCUCUACAUUCGCCCUACCAUAAUUGGCUCUGACUCACAACUUGGUGUUGCCGCACCCAAAGAAGCUCUGCUGUAUAUUAUCAUUGGCUACAUGGCUCGAAUGGAUGCUCCCACAGGCGGAAAACGCUUGCUCACUUCUCCCGAGGGAAUGAUCCGUUCUUGGCCAGGUGGAUUUGGCCAUGCGAAGGUUGGCGCCAACUACGGUCCUUCUGUUCUCGCAACCCAGGAAGCCUAUAAACAGGGCUUCCACCAGAUCCUCUGGCUGUAUGGUCCGGACGGCGAGUGUACCGAAGCAGGAGGUAGCAACUUCUUUGUCAUCUGGAAGCGGAAAGAUGGCAAGAAGGAGCUUAUCACAGCUCCUUUGGAUGAUAACCUCAUUCUCGAUGGUAUUACUCGUCGCAGCUGUCUUGAAUUGGCCAAGGAACGCCUUGGUGAUGAGCUUGUGGUCACCGAGCGGAAGUUUACCAUUGGUGAGGUGAUGGAGGCUGCUGCGGAAGGCCGCAUUAUCGAAUCAUUUGCUGCUGGUACAGCUUGGUUCAUUACUGCAAUCUCGACGAUCCAGCACCGCGGAAAGGAUAUUACUAUCCCUACUGGUCCCGAUGGCACGCCUGCUCAUUAUACAAGCAAGUUCAAACAAUGGCUUGGAGAGAUGAUGUAUGGGCCUGUGGAGCAUGAAUGGGUCAAGGUGGUGUCUGAAAAGGAGGAUACCAAUUAG